CCCCCCCUCAAGUUGUUUUUUGCAGUGAGCAGCUUUGCAGAGAGUCACAGGGGAACCUCUCUCUUGUUUUCUUAGUCUCUUUCCUAUUAUUUUCUUGAGCACAGCGUUUUUCAAAACUAGAUUUAUGCUUUAUAUCGUAACAAAUCUCGGAUUUGAACCUCUCCACACUUCCAUCAUGCCACUUCUUUUCCGAAUAAACUGCCUUUGUGCGCAAUUUUUCACUCGAAUAUCCUCGUCUUUUUGUCGUCCGCGGCGAAUUUAGCCCAGACUCCAGCCCGUCUCGCUGGCCGAGCCUCCGCAGCAUCCCAUGCGUUAGGACGAGCCACCGGUGGAGAUGUUUUCGGCCGGGGACGAGGUUAAUCCCCGUUUGUUUACCUCGCUGAAGGAGUCCCCCGGAGCUGCCAUCUCCCCGACGCUGGAGCUCAGCCUCACCACCAUCUACACCGUCCUCUAUUCUUCCCUGUUCCUCUUCGUCUACCUGCAGCUCUGGCUCAUCCUGCACUACGGACACAAGCGCUUCAGCUUCCAGAGCGUGUUCUUGUUCCUGUGCCUGCUGUGGGCUGCGCUGAGGACGACCCUGUUCUCGUUCUACUUUAGGGAUGUGGUGCAGGCCAACCAGCUGCAGCCUCUGGCCUACUGGCUGCUCUACUGCUGCCCCGUCUGCCUGCAGUUCUUCACACUCUGCCUGCUCAACCUCUACUUCACACAGGUGAUGUUUAAGGCUAAAGCCAAGUAUUCCCCAGAGCUCACCAAGUACAAGGUUCCGCUGCGCCUGUUCUUCCUGUGCCUCAGCACCUGUUUCCUGGUGGUGAACUUGACCUGCGCGCUGCUGGUGCAGGAGGCCCUGGAGCGACCGGAGUCGAGCAGCGACGGCGGCGCCAGACACGCGGUUCUGGCCCGCGUGCUGAUCAACGACAGCCUGUUUGUGCUGUGCGCCGUCUCGCUGGCCGUCUGCAUCUUCAAGAUCGCCAAGAUGUCCUCUGCCAACGUGUACCUGGAGUCCAAGGUAGGAGGGCGGGCGCUCGGCGCGUGUGAGUGUGAAGGGGCUCCCAGCCGCACCGUGAAGUGUCUGUGCUUCCAGGGAACGUCCGUGUGCCAGGCCACGGCCGUGGGCGCCGUGCUGAUCCUCCUCUACGCAUCCAGAGCCUGCUACAACCUGGUGGCCGUGCUCCUGUCGCCGCAAGGCCGGCUCAGCCCGUUCAACUACGGCUGGUACAGCGUCUCGGAUCAGGCUCUGCGUGUGCUGCAGGCGGACGUGCAGGAGAUCAGUGGGGAGGCCUACGUGGUGUUCGGCAUCAUCCUGUUCUUCUGGGAGCUGCUGCCCACCAGCCUGGUGGUGGUUUUCUUCCGAGUCCAGAGACCCAACCAAAACCUGGCUCCGGGCGGAAUGAUCAACAGCCACAGCUUCAGCUCCAGGGCCUAUUUCUUCGACAACCCCCGGCGCUACGACAGCGACGACGACCUUUCCAGGAGCAUCAACACCAGGGCGGAUCGGACCAGCCUCCUGUCCUCCACGCCUCAGCCGGGCGCCUCCAGCUGGUACGGCUCCAUCCAGCGCAACGGGACGCUAGCGGGCGGCGCCGCGUCCGCCCAGCAGCCGCCGGCGUCCACCGCGCCGCUGCUCUUCGCCUACGGGAACGUACAGAGCCACCACCAUCACCACAACUACUACUCCACGCCGCAGAACAACCACCAGCACCAGCAUCACAGCAACUACUACUCCACGCCGCAGAAUUAUUACUGUGGCUCGCAGACGUAUUUCUGCACCCCACAGAAUUAGGCGGCAAGGUUUUAAAAGACUAAUAAUGACUAAUUAUUACCUGUGCGUCGUCGUGUUGCUUCCCCGACCGCUCGUGAAAGACGAUAUGGAAGAUCGCUGAGGACCAAGAGAUGGGAAUUGAUUUGCCAACAGAUUUUGAUGGAAAGCGUGAGCAACUGGGAAGACGUAGUGCCAUGACUAACUGCUUUUUAAUGACUUUGGAAUCGCUGAACGGACAGAAGGAGGAAAAGACCUUUCUGUUCAGCCAAUGAUUGAGACUGAAAUCAUCAGGGACCAGACAAUCGUUGUUCUCAUCGUCGUGUCUUCGUUCUGUCUGCUUCUACCAAAGGUGUCCCACACCGGCAGGAGUCAGGCUCAUGGAGCUCAGUGGGGAAUAUUCCAUCCAUAUGAUUUAGAGUAGUGGACGAUGCUGGCUGACCGCUCCAUCCUGUGUCCUCAAAGGUUUCUGAUGAUGAAAACCAUCAUUUGCAUGUUAAAGGGCAUUUCACUGUGUUUUCCCAUUUUUCAGGAUUUAGCUCUAGAACCAACCAUUGGCUUUCUGAGGGCUACAUUAUCACAAUGCUAAAUACUAGCUUAAACCCACUGUUCAGCUUUAAUGUGUCAAUUCAACUUCAACUUUGCAGAGCUCAUCAUUUCCCAUAUUCAAAGUCCUAGUCACGUUCAUAAGUAUCCUCCGUGGAGACAGCUUCCAGCACCCAAAUCUGCCAUUUAAAUGUAGCUGCCACUAAUGGGAGUUGGAACUGCACCCGUCCAGUCUAAUGUGGUGCUGGAUGGAAAUACUCCACAGUAGAUCAAUAUAAGCUUCUUCAGCCACAAUUAUGAUGGAAAUGAUGUGAAAACUAGUAAGUGAAGGGCCAAGACACAGCUACAGUCGCCGAAUGUUUGGGAUCAAAUCAUCAUUAUGUAUUUUACCUUUUAGCUGUAUUAUAUGUGUGUACGUCUUAAUGUUAAUCAAAUUCAUCAUUGGAACAGAACUAAUAAGCCUUUUUUAAUCGUAUCUUCAGAGUGUUUUUAGCCAAAACAAUCAUGGAGUCUGAAACUUGGUGAGCUGUGAGGCAACAAUUUGCACUUGAGAGGGAAAAGGCUUCAUGGCCUGAAUAUGGGAUUUCACCUCCUGCUUUAUUUUAUGUCUCUUCCUCAACAAGCGUCUGUUUCGGCUCAAUGUUGCUCUUCAUCCUGUGAUAAAGGAGACUCUAAAUGUGCCAUCACGUGUUGUCAUAUCAUGUCAUAGUUUCAUUCCUUAAGGAAAAUAUUUUUGCACAAGAAAUGGCUGGAUGAUGUUUUUAAUCCAUGUUAAUCAAUUACUGAUCUGUGUGUGUUGGCUUGUAAGUGUGUGUGUGUGAUCUUAGUUUUGUUUUUAACUCUCAUUGCGCCUUUGUGUUGUUAUUUUGUUUUAUAAUGAUUAUUACUGUUUGUGUUUCCCAUUUCUACCAUUGACAUCUGAAUCUUACAACAGACUGUGGUGUAAGUAACAGUUCACGUUCAUGGAAGAUUUGCGUUCAACGACCAAAAUCAGUUUGUGUGUGUGUGUGAACCGAGCUUGUUUGGACGGAAAGUAAAACGCUGCCCACGUGUUUUUAAUACUUGCACCGCUGCCAUGAAACCCAAUCUGUAAAUGACCAUUUGACUUCAUGCUAGAAACGAUAAAACGCACCUCGAGCAGCAAGAAGUGAGCGCUAAUGUCAUUGAGCAGAGGUGCAACCCUCGACCACGCGUUCCAUCGCUAACAUUGAGACCAUUAGAGACCGCUUUGAAAAUGAGUCCAAGGAGUGAAGUCCUCACUCUUGGGUCCAGAUGUUCACCUACUUCAGAUAAAGUUAAAUCUGCAUGCUUCAGUAUUAGCGAGAAAUCUGUUUUUCUUUUCAAGGUGAUAUAAUUUGUGUAUUAAUGUUGUGCGCUCUGUCCUGAAAAGGAAGUAACAAUGGUUUUAUUAUGGCCAUGUUGAAUGUAACCAGUUGUGCAACUGUUCACUAAUGAUGUAUGCAAGAAAAGCACUACCAUGUUUAAAUAAAGGCCUAUUGCACUGUUUUUAAGACAAAA